CGACCUCUUGCAGAUUUACCCAUUGAGAGCUUAUAGUUUACACUCUAGGCAAAUGAUUGAAUCUGUGUUUUCAGUUUAACAAAAAUAAAUUUUAUUCAUUGUUUAAAUCACUUAUAUUUAAAUAUUUUACGAUUUUUUUAUGCUCAUUUGUGUCUUUUGUGUCAUGUGUGAUCUCUGUAGCUUUUUAACGGCUACCAACCUCUAACGUUAAAAAUUGUGGUUUUCUUGACUCAGGUGUGAACUACCUGUCAAGAAAUGCCUUGGAACGGGGUUAGAAUAACAUUCAACAUAUCUUUGGAGGCCGCUCAACGUUUAAAACAACUAGCUCUAUGUGGAGAUGUAAACCUUAGAAAUUUAGGAAUACUUGCAGUACAAUUACAGGACGAUCAGACUAUUAGCUUGAACGUUGGAAAUAAUCUUAAUCAACCCAAAGAGUUGUUAGUUCGCAAUCGUGAUGAGGAAUCAGCCAGUACACCUCCAUCAUCCCUUUCAUCUCCAUCAUCGCCAUCUUCAUCGUCCUCAUCUCUGAAAAUAUCUCAAAAUGUAAAUUCAUCAUUGAUUGGAAAUAAUACGUGCAAACCCCCUGAAGCUGUUAAUGUAAAAAAUUCAAUACAAUGUGCAACUGAGACAAAUUUAAGUGUGGAAGGAACAAGACGAAACAUUGCAGAAUAUUUGAAUAAUAUAUCAUUUGAAGCGUCCAUUUCAAGUGUUACUCCACCUUCAGAGAUCGUUCCUUGCCUUGAUGAGAUUGAAACCAAUAGUCACGAACAAAUUCCUGUUGAAGUUGAAUUACCUAAUUCUGAGCUGGUUGAUGUUGAUUUAACAAUUAAAUGUGAAGACUCUUAUUUCGAUGCUGAUAGUAUAAGAUUGCAAAAAGACUUACCAGAACUUGUCGAUUCACCAUCCGUAGCAAUUCAAGAUGCCAUUAUAGACUCAGAAAGCAAUUUAGACGUUAUGAGUCAUUCGGUAGCUUGUGGAGAUCAUAACUAUACAAGCUUGAAAAAUCCGUGUAUAGAUAACGACCAAGAUCCAAAUUUGUUAAACAUGGAGGAACCAGACGAUAAAGAAGACCAUAACGAGACCAUUUCUCACGGUGAAACACCAAACAUUUUUAACGAUUGAAAUAAGGUGAUUGUUGCUGAUUGGUAAUAUAAUCUAUCAGUAGUCAUUUCAAAUUUAUUAAUAAUUUGAAUGUAAAGAUAAAUCAGUAAACAAUUCAAUAUUAAUGUCUAUGUUAAAAUGACGAUUCUUAAUUUAACUUCUGUCUAACGCAGUACUCAUUUUUCACAAUUAAACUUUAUCAUUUCAAACAAACAUCUCGCCAAAAUCAAUUCUUGUUAGCACGACAGUAGUUGGUAAAUAAUUUUCUUUAUUCUAGAAAUAUUGAAAUUUCCUAUUGUAAGGUUCUAACAAUACAAUCAAAAGGUUCUUUUAUCCCAAAGACCAGUCAAUAUUAUCAUGAACUUCCCCAAAAUAUUAUCCCUUCUUGUAGAUAAAUUUACGAAAAUAUUGACACGAUUUGAUAGAAUUGAAAAGUUAUUUAUUAUGUGAGUAUAACAAUGGUUUAGCUCGAGAGACAUUUCAAUUUUUACUCAAGACAAAAAUUAUUAAACAUUUAUUGAUCGUUCAAAAUGUCCAUUGAAUUUACUUAAUCGAUUAGUAUAUUUUUGCAGUUGUCUAAAUAUUAUCAGAAAACUAUCAAUAAAUAGACAAAUUAAGCUAAAAGAUUUAACCUUUAAUUCUUGAGUUUUGGACAAUCGGUUUUCAUUUAACUACCUUUGUUCACCGAGUUACUUGACAAUGACGACUAUUAAAGAUGUGUAUAGUUUAUCUGAAUUGAAUGUUUCACAUAAUCCAAUGAUGGAAAGUUUAACAACAUCCAUUUAUAAUUCAAUUGUAGACAGUUUUUUCAUCAAUCGCUGGAAAUUUAAGAAUCGUUGGUUUCAUUAUUUUUAUUCAUUUUUGGCAAUCGCUUCAUUCGUAAUCAAAACGACAUUAUUUGUUCUUGAAAUUAUUUCAAAUUUAAAUUCAAAAUCAUUAGACUCUUCCGUCAUUUCAUAUGUCAUCACUGAGGUUUGGCUUUUAUUCAUUGUUUUGGAAACCUUAGUCUAUCCAUCUGCCCAAUUUAUUGAAUCAUUUGACACAAUUUGGACACAAUUACCACUCUCGAAGGAACCUGAUAUUAUCAAGGAACUUAUGAAAUUACUGAGAUUUGCUAAUAUCAUUUCAAUCACUUUAUUCAUGACUGGCACAGUUAUUUCCAUUGUUUCUGGCACUUUUGAAUAUCUAUCUCAUCUUGAAGCUGCAAGUAAAUCAUAUAAAUAUUAUUUCAUUGGUCUUAAAUUGAUUGAACUUUAUAGCAAUUUAAUAUUUGUCAACAUUUUCCGAGGUUUCUACAUUUGCGGAGCUUUCAUUAAAAUUGGUCAUUGUUAUAUUCAUCGGCGGACCAUUGAGAUAAUUAAAGAUGCCUAUGCAUCUGACCUGACUAUUUAUCGCCUUCGUCAUCAACAUUAUGAUUUGGCUCGAUGCGGUGAAUUAUGUGAUUUAACUUUCAGGCGAUUUGUUACAAUUUGCUGUAUAACAACUGCUCCUAAUACUAUUUUAAUUUUAUACAAUUUAGCUUACACUAAUCUUGAUCUGACUUCCAAAAUCUGCAACAUUCUUCUUAUCAUCCAAUUCUCCAUUUUCCUGUUAUUAUUUUUUCCAUGUUUGAUCGGCUUUUAUUCAUAUCCUGGCCAAUCCCGUGAUGAUCUCUAUUUAUCAACUUUGGUUGAGAGAAGCAACACUUUCAAAUCAGAGGUAUUACUUUUCAUGGAUUUAUUAAACCAACGUUCUUGUGGAAUCAAAUUUAUGGGAAUCUAUCUGAUUACUCCUAGUAUUGUACCAAAUUUAGCUACACUCGUGUUCACAUAUGUGAUGGCAGCUCCUAACUUUUUCACAUCAAACAAGCAAGCAUGAAAAAACGUAAAUAUAUUGUCGUGUGUGUUUACAA